ACACGAGUGUUGCAUCGUAAUAUUUGUUCACAUAUAAGCUCAGAUAAAUAAUUCCAAUGCUGGAAAACGAUGAUAGCGAUGAGGAUUUUAACUUUGAUUUGGAUGAAGUCGUAAAAUUAGCAUCUCAACAGAAUGUUAGAGAAAUAGUUGUCUCAAACCACAAGCCUAAAAAACUUCUACAGACAAGCCAGCCACUAAAUAAUGAUACAGGCGACGAUUGGGGAAAUGAUGAUGAUAUAUUUAAUGAAGUUUUAGAAGCAGAAAAUGUGGCAGAGGUUUCACAUUCUCAUUCGAAGACCUCUCAACAAGACUACACUCCUUCAACUUCAAGAGAAAAAUUGGUUCAUCAGUAUGCAACAAGAAAAGUACUGAACAGCACCAUAAACUCCCAAGAAAGCAUGUACAACCGUCAAGAAAUUACAAGAAAUCUAAAUAGGCAUGAAAAACCAGUUCCUACAGUCAUAGAAAAGGGUGCACCGAAAUUCCCAGGUCCUGCCGGUCUUCUUAGUCUUAUGGAUAAUAAACCAAGAGGAAAAGAGACAAUGACCAAUCUUCAGAGCUUGGGCAAUAUGGAUGGCCUUUGUUGUUGGGAUAAAGCAUUGUCUCUAUUGAGGUUGAAGAGCUCUUGGGAAAGUAAUAAGAUGAACUUACAAAUGAUAAAAAAGACUAUUGCUCCAGCUAUAGUGUACCUGACUGCACCCUUACUGGUAGUGGGUGUUUUAAAGAUCGAAGUCGCGCCAAUUAUUUCACAUGACGUCAGUUGUGUCCUUCAAGAUCCAACGGGCGAAGUGAAAGGACGGAUUCUUCAAGAUGUUAUUACAGAUUAUGGAAAGUUGAUUCGAGUGGGAAGCAUUCUUGUGUUGCGCCGACCGAGUGUUCUUCAUAUGGUUCCAAGUUGCUUCGUCACCGUUACCAAAAAAUGUUUAAUCGGAAUUUUUUCGUCGCAAAACAAUGAGAUUACACAAUUGCAAACAUUUGGAAAAGAAGAUCUUGUUACGUGGCUUACCGAACCCGUUGUUUAUGGUGAUCCGGUAAUGAAUGGAGAGGAAGCCAAGGAAGCAGGCGAAACCCCACUCACGUUAUUUACUUCGGCUGGCUCAGCGUUUGCACCCACGUCUGGAGUCCAACCGGGGGCUACUGCCAGCACCCACAAGCCACAAGGACGACCUUCUACCUCUUGCAAUUACAACCGGCAGAGAGCACCAGUAAAUCCGACACCUCGGCCUGUAAUGAAUACGACGCCUCGGCCACCAAUCAGCUCCACGCCAAGACCAUCGCAUAAUUCACUUUGGCAAUCUUCUCGGCCGCCAACGAGCAACGGCAAUCUAUUCAGUUACAAGUCACCGUCAGCAAUUGUUUCGACACCUCGGCUUGCCCCUUACGUUCCGCCCGCUCGAUCGUCGCCUGUCCCCGACGCCGCUCCUACCAUUCCAGCACAAGCCAAAAAAUCUGGAAAUGCUACGGACGAUGAUUUUCUGUCCCAGUUUCUCCAGGGAGUCGAUACGGACUCGUUGUUCGAUGAUUUUUAACCGGGCCAAGUCAUGCAAUGAAUUGUUAAAAGAUCACAAAACAAAAUUCUUGAAAUAUCCUUGAAACACUUUUUGAUACAGAUCAUUUUUUUGUUAUGAGAUUACAGAGAUGAAAGAUGGGCGCAAACCAAUGAAAUCUAUCAAGAUUUUAUCUUUCCAAGUCAUUGUUUUUUAUUGGUUUGCAUAAUUGAAUUGCAUCGACAUAACAUCAUCAUGUAUUUAUAAUUUUUUGUAUGUUAUAAAAAGGCGAAAAAGAGGGGAGGGUGUGGGAGCGGGGCGGAGGGAUCACUACAGAAUUGGCAUAGAUAGGGCGCGGUUGUACGACAUUUCAUAAUGCAUCCAAAGUCAGUCGCGUGGGAAUCACGUGCGACACGAUCAAAACACAUCCCUCUUUCUUUUUUUUAAAUCGUUUUCUUUUCUUUUUUUUUUAUUUCCUAAUGCUCUGUGUAAUCU